AGAGAAAAAGAUAUCCUCCACCGCCUGUGACCGAAGCCGACGACAGCCAAACACAAUUGUAUAUCGUCUUCUUCCCCAUCUAGGAGAGUGCACAGUAGCAGCACCUGAAAUUGGCGAAAUGGCUUCCAUUUUAGCUCGCAAAUCCGUCGCCGCGUUUCGUGCUCGUCAUCUCGCUUUGGCUGGGCAAGCUUUGCAGGCUCCUCGUUGUAUUGGAGCAAUAUCCGGUGAACGCUCUUUUGCCACUAAACACUCUUUCUCUACUGACAAAGAUGACGAAGAGAGAGAGAAGCUUGUAAAGGAGAUAUCAAAGGAUUGGAAUUCCGUUUUUGAGCGGAGCAUAAAUACAUUGUUUCUCACUGAAAUGGUUCGAGGCCUGAUGCUGACUCUCAAAUACUUCUUUGAACCGAAAUUUACAAUUAACUAUCCUUUUGAGAAGGGCCCUUUGAGCCCUCGUUUCCGUGGAGAACAUGCUCUCCGAAGAUAUCCUACUGGAGAAGAACGAUGCAUUGCUUGCAAGCUUUGUGAAGCUAUCUGUCCUGCUCAAGCAAUCACCAUUGAAGCUGAGGAAAGAGAAGAUGGUAGCAGAAGGACAACCAGGUACGAUAUUGACAUGACAAAGUGCAUAUAUUGCGGGUUUUGCCAAGAAGCAUGCCCAGUUGAUGCCAUUGUUGAAGGUCCCAACUUUGAGUUCGCUACUGAAACUCACGAGGAACUUCUAUACGACAAGGAGAAACUUCUAGAGAACGGUGACAGGUGGGAAACUGAAAUCGCCGAGAAUCUCCGGUCCGAAAGCCUUUAUCGUUGAGUAGUGUUCAUUUUCAGCAUCUGCGUAAGAUGAACUUGGAUCUGUUUUUUCCCUAUGUAUUUCUUUUUCGUUUUUUUCUAAAUAAGGAAAGUGCUUUGGACUAAUUACUCUAUUUGCACGUCGUGAUCUUGUGAUUAAGGUCGUCGUUGUUUUUUGCAGUCAUUUUUUGUUAAUUGGAAAGAUAACUCACUUAAUUAUAAUCUGUAUUGUGGUGGUAAUCUCACCUUUUGGUAUAAGUCAUUCGGUUGUAAUUGUUGAUUACUAAUCAUCAUAUUUGUUACUAAUUAUUUUCAGGUAUUUGCAAUAUCAUCCCUCUUUGACUUU